CCAAAAACUCAGCUUCCUUCCUUUCUGCCUUGGGGGAGGUGGGGCCUUAGAGAGAAGAAGGGGUUUCUGGGCUAGGAAGUGGGAGAGAGGCUUUCUUGGGGAGAGGAAUUCUGCUGCUGUGUGGCACAGAAGCUGGAGUCAACCAGGCCCUGGGAGGAGUGGAGGGCAUUGGCAGCUCUGCUGAGGGGAAAAGGGCAUUGUCAAGGCCAAGGCUGCUAGCAGAGGAGGGAGGACGCCUGGUCAACUCUGCUCCUGCUCCUCCAGGCCUAUCGUGGACUCAGCAGUCAAGGACAAAAUGCAGCCCACACUUCCCUCUGGCUCUUCCUGCCAAGAGCCUGAGUGGCCAGAGCAGGAGAGGGCAGAGCAGCUGGCCAGAGGUGCAGCACUCAAGUGGGCCUCAGGCAUCUUCUACCGCCCAGAGCAACUGGCCCGACUGGGCCAGUACCGCAGCCGUGAGGUGCAGCGUACCUGCUUCCUACAAGGACGCAUCAAGUCAGUGGUGCAGUCAUACUUGGAAGGUGUGCAAAUUGGUGUGUGGCAGCUGUCCCAGGCCCUUGAGGCUGUGCAAGGAACCCAUGAGGCCCUGAACCAGGCCCAUGGGUUGAUCCAGGGCAUGGCUCAGACCUCAAAGACCCUAGAGGCCCUGCGGGAGCAGGUUACCCAACACAAGCAACUACAGGCCCUGUCUCAGUUGCUGCCCCGGCUGCAAGCAGUGCCGGCUUCAGUGACCCACACAAAGAUGCUAAUCGAUACCCAACAACUCUUGGAGGCAUAUGUGAGCCUGCGGGAGCUGGAGCAGCUGCAAGAGGAGGCAUGGGCAUCCUUGGGGGGCCUGGAGUUGCCAGUCUUCCAGGGGCUGGGCCAUCUGGCUGAGGCAUUGGGCCAUGCUGUGGAGGCAGCUGCAGGGGCUGCAGGCCAGCUGGCACAGGCAGAUCCAGCCCUGCUGGUGGCUGCUAUUCGAGUAGCAGAGAUGGAAGCUAAGCGUACAACUCCACUAGGACAGGUCCCCCGAGACUGGAGGCAGCGCUGUCUGCAGGCACUACAAGCAGGCCUGGAGCAGGUCUACUUUGGAACAACUGUGCUGCCUGAGCCAGGGGCCUUAGCAGAGUGGCUGAAGGCUCUCCAGAUGGCCUUGCCUGCUGAGUUGGCCACAGCUGAGGCACUGGUAGCACCCUGCUGCCCACCACACUACAAUGUGGUUCAGCUAUGGUCCCACACCCUGCACAGUGGUCUGCGCCGCAGCCUGCAGCAACUCCUCGCAGGACCUGAGCUGGGAGCUGCUGAUGCCUUCAACUUGCUGCAUUGGGCACUGCACGUGUACCUGGGGCAGGAAAUGAUGGGGAGCCUGGAGUUGGGGCCUGAGGCUGAUGUGUCCCAGCUGGAGCCCCUCUUGACCUCAGAGAACAUCGAGCAGCUGGAGGCAACAUUUGUGGUCAAAGUUCAGGCAAAUGUGGCCCAGUGGCUACAGAAGGCACUGGAUGGGGAAGUAGCUGAGUGGGGCCGGGAGCAGGAACCCAACACAGACCCCUCUGGCUUCUACCACUCACCAAUGCCAGUCAUCGUACUGCAGAUCCUGGCCGAGAGCAUUCAUGUGACCAACCUGGUCAGUGAGUCGCUGCAGAACCGAGUGUGUGGCAUGGCACUGUCAGAACUGGGCACAUUCCUAAGGAGCUUCAGUGAUGCUCUGAUCCAAUUCUCCCGAGACCACCUCAGUGGGGAAGCCCUGGCCCCUCACUAUGUGUCCUACCUACUGGCUGCCUUCAACCACCAAUCAGCAUUGAGCUCCUCGAUGUCGGUCCUGCAGCUUGAUGGAGUGGCUACCGGGGUCUUGGCCCCGGUGGAAGCAGGGCUGGACGAGUUGCAGAGAAGGAUCUGCCGCCUGGUGCUGGAGGCCCUGCAGGUGGAGCUCCAACCCCUGUUCGCAGCUCUGCCCUCGCGCCAAUGGCUGUCAAGCUCUGAGUUGCUGGACCGAGUGUGUGAGCGGACGUCGCGGUUCUGCAGGGACUUCUGGCGUGUGCGGAACCCCGCAGUUCAGGUGCUGCUGGCCGAGGCAGAGCGCACUGUGGUGGUACAGUACCUACACGCAUUGAUGCAGGGCCGCCUCGUGUGCUGCAGUGAGGAUGAGCGGACCCAGGCGGCCGAGCGCCUGGAGCACGAUGCCGCCCAAUUUAAAGAGCUUUUCCUCAGUUUGGGCCUGGAGGAGAGCGCGCAUUGCACGCCAGUGCUGCUCUCCGUGAGGGAACUGCUGAACCUCCGCGAUCCUACGAUGCUUGGUCUCGAGGUGGCAGGCCUGCAGCAACGAUUUCCCGACGUGAGCGAGGAUCACGUCUCUGCCCUCUUGGACCUGCGCGGGGACGUGUCCCGAGAGCAGCGCCAGGCGGCACUCAGCUCGCUGCAGGCUGGCCCACCGCCCUCACCCCCGAUGGUCCGCCGCCCACUCUUCAGCCUCGUGCCGGCGCCCACGCCUUCCCUCUCCUCCUGCCUCUUCUCGGGACUCUGCUCCUGACGCCCAGUCUCUGUGGAAUAAAGCCAGCCCCACUCCCCCUAAGCCUGCAUAUCUGUGUUGGAGAAGGCAGGGUGCGAGGGAUGAAAUAAAAAUGCCGGUGGAGGUUA